AUGGAUCCCGAAGAGGAAGCAAAUAACAAAGAAAAUCCGAUUAUGAUGGGCCAUCCAACAGCCCCAAUCCAACAUGGGUAUGGGUAUGGGCAUGGGUAUGGGCAUGGGUAUGGGCAUGGGUAUGGGUAUGGGUAUAUAAAGGCCAGCAGGGGGAAGGGGAAAGACGGGAAAGGAAGAUCAACACAACCGAAUGCUAUAGCUCCACAACACAAAAAUAAGGACAUUAUGGCGGUGUGUUGUGGUGGACAUAGCCAUAUUGUAAGUGCAUUCUUUGGCGUAGUAGCCAUCUCCCUUCUCCUUCUACUGCCCGUUCCUCAGGCUCAGGCUCAGGCUCAGGCUCAUGCGGCUGAUCCCAACGCCAUAACAAAAGCCAACCCAUUGGUUAGCCAUGGCGGCCAAAUGCUGAAGGGAAAUAUCAACCUUGCGCUGGUGUUCUACGGUCAGUUCGGGCGCAUACAGAAGAACACACUCAGGUCUUUCUUGGGGUCCUUGAACACCGAUGGCCGAGUCGGGGUCGGGGGUGCCCCACAGGUAUCCUCCUGGUGGCGCAUGCUCAGCUCUUAUAACCCCACCGCUGGGAAUAUUAAUGUGAAGGUGGUCAAACAAUACGUGGAUCCCCAGUACUCUCUUGGAAAAAUUAUGACCAAGGAUUUCAUCAAGAUUCACGUGCAGAAAGCUGUGGGUGAGUUCCCUGGUGCGGUCACCGUUAUUGUUGCGGCUAGGGACGUGACCGUGGACGGUCUGUGCAUGGGGAAGUGUGCAGAGCAUGGAGUUAUUGACGGGGCGCCCUACGUGAUUAUUGGGAACCCUAUGACCGAGUGCCCAGGAGCAUGUGCAUGGCCUUUCCACAAGUCUGACUACGGCCCAGCCGGCGCUGUUCUGAAGCCACCAAGCGGGGACGUCGCGACCGACGCUAUGGUGAUAUCACUGGCCUCGGGGUUGGCCUCGGUGGUAACCAACCCGUUCAGCACUGGGUUCUUCCAGCUGGGGCAGAAGGCGAGCGUGAUUGAAGCCUCCACCGCUUGCCCUGGGAUGUUCGGCAGUGGAGCCUCCCCUGGGAACACUGGGAAGGUGUUAGUUGACCCUCUCAACGGAGGCGCUUACAAUGUGGUUGGGUUAAGGGGCAAGAAGUUCCUUCUUCCUGCUCUUUGGAACCCCAAGACGGCGUCGUGCUGGACUGUCAUGUGA